UGGCGACAUUAACAAGUUUUACUUGAUGCAGGUAUCUGAAUUUUUAAGUCAGUUCUUUUAAUUUGCAUGUGCACAUAUUCCAGUAUAAUAUCUCUUCGGAACAUAUCUAUCCGAAAACGUUUACGCAUGGUCUUAACCAACCUGGUAUUGUAAUUAAUGUAAGCAGGAAACUCUCCUAAGGCUAAUAUGUUAGGUUUGAAGCUAGAAAUAAAGAAAGAUUUUAUAAAAAGGUUAGCUCGUAUUUAUGAAAAGCCUGACCGGCGUAUUUGUCCAUAAUGACAAUCCUGAAACAAUCGGACCAGGAGACAUUUGCCGACCGAGAGAAUGAACACAAUUGAUUUCUUCCCUUUCUUUAACACAAACACAAUGAACCCAUAUUCUGUUAACGAAAAGCUUCUUCGUUGUGAUUUUUUUCGGAAAAUGGACUGCUCCGUUGUAAGGGUAGCUAACCGAAACACGAAGGAGUGCUUUCGCGCCACAAGUAAUCGAUCAAUGGAAUAUCUAAAAUUAUUGGCCAAAGCGUUUUUGACUUUCGGGUUUUUGUUUCUAAGAGAAAUGUAGCUUGGAACAGCUUCUCAAAAGAGCACUUCAUCACAAUACGCUUUUAAUUAUCAGCCGCAGGAUGUCAAGAAUUCUCGUCAAGUUUUCUUAAAACUCAUGCUGUGACACAUAAAAGACUAUUCUUAUCGUACUGUUGUGUUGUUAAUCAUAGAACUAUUUACUAACGAUAUAGUUUUAUAAUUUCUUUAAGUACUUGGUUUCUAAUAAUAUUGGUUUGCAUUGGCUAUUAGUUCUGAUGGUUCACAGACUUUUUGUUUGGUGUCUGGUAUAUUAAAAAGGAACGAAACAGUGCACAAAACAGAAAGGGUUGGUUGUUAGAUUUUUCCUAUGAUCAAGUUAAACACGAUUGAAAUAAACAAAGUGCUAAACUAAAAGCAGCAUAUGGCACUACAAGAACGUAUGAUUCUGCAUCAGAGAGAAGCAUAUAUUGGUGAUUGUAAAAAUAACAAUUUUGGGAGUAGUUAUGCUACGAAUUGACACAUAACUGUCAAGUUGACUGACACAUGACAUAUAUCUGACAUGCAUAUAUUAGAAGCAUAUUGCUAUUAGUGUCCACAAUACGAUAUAUUCUACUUCGCACUUAAGUCAAUUUGCGCGCACAGGGAAAGUCUCUAGUGUCCGCUCGAUUAUGAUCCACUGCACAGUGGAAUUGUCUUCUAGUGCCCACUGGACAAACUUAGCUACUUGUGUCUUCUUGAUAGCGCCACAGUGCACAUAAAUAUCGUUAGUCGUUAGCCCAUGUAGAAGGACACCCAUUAUAACAUAUCCGGAGCAUCUCUAUUUCGUCAUUAUUUUGCUUCUGACAAAGGCCUGUAUAUGGUGUAUAAUUCUUGCAAUUUCACCCUGAUAUGUGUAUACCGAGACAUCUAAAACAUAAAUAGAUUAUUGCUGAAAAUUAAGCAAGGAUCAGAAUUAUUAAUAAUAAAAAAUUGCCUAAAUUCACAAUGCCAGAGAAUGAGGAAGGCGAGCGUUUUCUUUUUUAGAAAAAAAGGUUAACUUUUAUUUUAUUUUUUUGGUUUGUUUGUUUGUUUGUUUUUUGCUUCAACGAAUUCCAUCAGUUUCGCUUCCAGAUGUUCUUCUUUCUUUGCGUAUUUCAUAACGCUUAAUUUCUGUGUUUUCUUCGCAAGUUUUAAGUGACGCAACCAAUUUUAUCAGAUUAAUUUUCUUCCGCUUUUCCUAUAGUGUUGGAAAAUUAUCUAAUUUAUAUAUUUCUAUGUGAUAGUUGUUUUUGUUUUCAAUGCUUGUUCCACCUUUAAUUUUUUUUGACGCAAUCAAGCAUUGAAUUUUUCACAAAUCCUUUGGAUAAUUUUUGAAAUCGCUAUCUUUUUAAAACUCUUUCUGGAAGGAAUAUGAAUUCUAAUUAGUUUUUAUAAUUAAUGGCUUCUACGUCAAUUUUUAAAUUUCCUUCAGGUUUUGGUUUUCAAAGCUCAGUUUAUUCUAGACUUUGGGAUUUUUUUUAUGCAUUCUGAUUCCUCCCUUCAAGAAUUGCCAGGUUAGUAUUUUAGUGCGCCAAAUAAUACUUAAUUUCAUCAGUUAUUAAUUUAGUAAAACGAGGGAAAUAUUAAACUCAUUUGGAUCAUCUUGUGAAUUAAGGAAAUAUUUCUUAUCUUUUUUCCAUUUACACCCUGACCCCACAAAAAUAUUCAAUACAUUUCCCAACAACCCGUCCUUCUUCUUCAAAAGACUGCGAAUAACCUUUGAUUCCUAGUUGUUUUUUUACUGUUGACGACUUCUAAGAUAUGGUUUGAUGUAAAAUUGUUCACUGAUCAGAAAUAGCAGGCUUUCCUCAAUCUUGUUUUCAACUUAUUUUUAUCACUCUUUAUAUAAAUCAAAACAAGUUAUAAAAACAACUGAUUCAAUGAUGUUAAAUCGCUGUUGAUUAUAUCAGGUUAAAGUAUUUACAAUGCUUAUCGAUAUACACGAUGAGCAGAACUACGAUACGUUUGAGUGUACUUUGUGACAAUGAGAAGGAGAACCAUGUAUAAGUUCGUUUAUACGUAUUUGGUUGAUGUGUUGUACUUAUUUUCUUUCCACUAUGAUUGAUUGGUUUUGGUAUAGCUUGUUCUGCGAUUUAUUUUAAACCUAAGACAACUUCCCCCGGUAAUCGUCGCUAGGCACUCAAGACCACCUCUUCUAAUUGUUGAAACAUGGCACGACAACCCAAACAAAAACAAAUUGGACUAUUAACAGUACUUUGCUUAUAAGUUACCACUGUAAAAUUAUUUUAACCAACCUAUAAACAAAUAUUUGCAUAUUUGUUACCCAAAACAACUUAAAAAGGUGCCUUUUUAAAUCAAUUGCAUGAAAUUGACACAUCCCAGUUUUACUUUCUUUUAGUUUUUAAUUAAAAACAUAGCACUUUAUUAGCUACUCGUUUGGUUGUAUCCGUACACAACCAAGUUUUCCUUUUUUUGGUUAUUUAGUUAAAACCAUACCAUUUUAUUAGCUACUCUUUUGGUUUACCUAUAUAUAAGCGUUUUUCUCAGUUGUUAAAAAUAUAUGAAUUUCGUAUUAUCUUCUUGUACUCCUCCAUUAUACGUCGGUUUUUACGCAGUAUUGAUGAAAUUGAAGACUAUAAGUAUUAAGUAAUCUCGACAGCUAACUCAGGAAAUAUCGACAAAAAAUGAAAAGAAAUUAUUAAAAAUUGGGUUUAGCAACAGAUUAUUGUAAAUAAUUCAGGGUGGAAUUAUUGUAGAGCAGUAAAAAGCAAUGCAUUUCGCAAAAAGCAUGCAUCUCAACUCAAAAGGAUAAACAACCUCGUCCCCAGGGUCUUGUGGCCCCUGGCCAUUAUUACGGAGUGAGCCGCUAUCAACUUGCAACAAGGCAAAAUGCCCUGGGAACAAGGUUGCAAGGAAAAUUUUAUAGGGCAUGUGGAUUUUUAGAUUUCUUUAAUGUUUAGUCUCACGUUUUUUAAAAAAAAUACAGUUCACCACUAAGAAGGUUUGGACCUGCAUGUGGUUACCCACGGCUGAUAUCUUUACACAUAUUUUAUUGUCAUGGGGACCAUUGUUUCUCAAUGUUUUUAUCAUUUUGUUACAUUUUCUUUCCUACCUUUUGUUGAGGAAUAAGAAAUUCAAAAAAUUAAAUUUUUUUUAUAUGUAUUCUAAUUUUAUUUAUUUAUUUUUAUAUUUCUGAUAUAGUUUCGAUCAAAUUAAUCUCAAUAAAAGUUAAAUAAUAAAAAAUCUCAUCAAUUUAUUCAGCAAAAUUCAUGUUAAAAUUUCCUUUUGAUGACUUACUGUGUUUCUUAUAAGAAAGUGGUUAUUAAGCAGCAUGACACCUGACCACCCAAAAUUUAACAUAAGCUACAUCAGAAAAUUUUUUUUAAAUUUAUGCAGCUCUUUUUGUUAUAAAAAACCCGUACACAUAAAGAAAACUUCACUACAUAGACCUUAUAAAGUUCCAUGAUUCCUUUUGAUUAAUGUUUCCCCUCCUCCUUUCAAGAUUGACAUUGACAUCUUGUCAAAUAUUUUCUUCGUAUAUACAUCGUUUACAUGGUAACCCCUCUUUUUAUGAUUUUAUCAUGUUUCUUUCAUAAAAACCAGUGCAUUUUUUUUCCUCGUUAAUUUGUUUUAGCAAAUAUUCAGAUGGAACUAUCGGGAUGGUUUAGAAAAUAAAUAAAGCACAAACCAAACGUUCUCAGUAGCGACAAAUCAAUGACAGCUUUGUGUCAGAUAAUGUUAUGUUGUUUUUAUGUUUUGUUUUUCAAUUUUGUUUAUUCCGUACUAAAGCAGCAGACGGCAGUAUUACUUUAUUUCCUCUAUAUUUCAGCAAUUUACUGCAGUUUGACUCGCCGACAAGAAAAGUUUCUUUACCAGACAUUGUAAAUUUGUUGUUUUGUAAGUAGAGAAGAAAAUUUUCAACAUUCCAAGCAUUAUGGACCUUGUAACCUUCGUGACCUUUGCAAAUGGGGAAGUAAGAUUUUGUAGGCUGCAAUUGCCACGAUCUACACUCUGGAGGGAUGCUGACAUUGCUUAGUGGUCCCAUAGAUCUAAAGAAAUAAAAAUAUAUAGAAAAUAAUUUAAUCCAAGUAAUCGAAAGAAAAUCUCAAAUAAGCAAACAUCGCAUCAGUGAACAAAGAAAAGACACAAUCUGUCAUGGAAGACGCGCUUAUUUAUCUUAUUGUUAUUUUAAUCGCGACAAUAUGCUCUGUGUUUAACAUCAUUACAAUUGUUAUCGUACUCAUCGACAGAAAAUUACGAAAUUCCAUCACUAAUCGUCCAAUUUUAAGUUUUCUUUUUGCAUCAACAAUACAAGGUCUAUUGCCGUCGCCUUUUUAUGUUUACAAAAAACUUGAGCAGGAGGACCAUAUCCCUAAUUGGAUUUGCGAUGGCUAUCGCCUGCCAUAUUUUUUUUGCGGUCAUGUCAUGAAAAUCAGUUUGGUAUUAAUCAGUAUUGAUCGCCUCUUAGCUGUCAGAUAUCCUUUCAAAUACGAAAAGUUUAUCUCCAAAUUCAAAAUGACAGCGACACUAUUGUUGCUAUGGGUUGUUACCUUGGUGAUUGAUAUAUUACCGUUUUUUAUUGGCGAUAGAAAUGAUGGAUUCUGUGAGUACAUACCAACGCGUUCUUGGGGAUUAUCCGUGAUUAUUGUAUAUAAUUUAAUUUCUUUUUGUAUCAUUUUAAUUAAUUACAUCUUAAUUUGGAUCGUUGCUGCUAAAUUUGCAUUUAAAGAUAAAUCAUUAAAAAUACGAAUAGAAAACAAGGAAAACAGAGACAGUAGACUUUCUCAAAAGAGUGGCUCGAAAGUGGGUGAAGAAGAUAAUAAUAGAGAAAAUGAAAAAAGUUAUGUCUCGAAACGUUUAAAGUUUGCUUUUGAAAUGAAAGCAACAAAGACUUCCUUAGCAUUGAUUGCUGUUUAUGUUUUCUGUUGGGGACCGCUUGGUGUAUUUUACAUGAUUGAUCAUUUUUGUUAUAACUGUUUAUCAGAUGACGAUGAUUUAAAAUUAACACGUGCUUUUGUUAAACUUUUAUCUUUUUCAUCAAGUAUAUUAGCACCUAUUGUGUAUUGUUGGUGGAAUAGAGAUUUUAGAAAAAGUGCAAGGACUUUGUGGAACCGACAUUGCAUAGGAAAAUGCGUAUUUAAAGAAAAAGAUGAAAAAAAUGUAACGGAUUCCUAUGGCAUAUCUCAAAGAAAUUAAAAGAAAAAAAUAUCAAAUACAAGAUCGAUGAAAUUUGUAUGUUUGUAAAAUACUUGUAAAAUAGAAAGAAAGAGUUUAUAUUUUCAGUGAAACGCAAGAACAAAAUCUUGUUAGAUAAAAUUGACGAGAUCUUAUCAUGUUGUAUUCUUUAAGAUAAACAAAGAUCGAUUCCAAAAUCAAUACAGUUCUUUCAGUUGAAUGACAAAUCCUUUAGUAAGGUCUCUUCCAUUGCGCAUAAAAAAAUUGAGUUUUGCCAUUAACUCAUCGGGUUUUCAAGAGCAAUGAUUUUUAGUCUGCCUAAAAAUGAAUUCCUUCAGUUGUGUUUUCAAUAAUGACUCCAGUAAACGCCCCCUCGCCAGUCUCAAGGCAUUUAUCAAGUUCUCCUUACUCAAGAAUUUAAUUUGUUAUCCAUAAAGAAUCUUUUACUUGCUUACUAGCCGCCUAGUUUCUAUUUAACACCUGUCUUAAAAAAACGCCCCCAACUUCAAAAAAAUUUGAAAUUUGGCGUUUAUUAGAGUACUCACGGUAUCCUAAAAAUUAGGAAGAGAGUAAAAUCUUUCUAGCAAAAUCCUUUUCUACAUAAUUAUUUCUGUAAAUUAUCUAAACUUUGCUUAUCUUAUCAAAAUUACCUUUACGAAACAUUCGUUGCGCAGAGGUCACUUUGGCCUAGUAUUAAAAUUUCUUGUUUUCAUAUUUUCGUUCAGUUUUCUUUUAUCACCGAAACAACCAUAAACCGUGUAACUCUAAGUCAGUGUUCUAUCAGAUAAAUCGUCAGAAAAAAAUUUUUCUUCGACACAAUCAUUUUUAGGACAAGAAUCUUCGGCAUUCCUUGGAUAAUUUCGUCAGUUUUGCACGACUUUGUCCGAUAAGAUAUGUGUUGCAUAGAGGUAUUUAAAAUAUUCGCUUUGUCACUUUAUUAUUAACAUGUAACUUUUUUUAAAACUAAUUUUUUUUACGGAGCUCUGUAUAUUUACGUGUUUAUUUUUAAUGUACAUAUAGUAACGGUGUCAUUAUAAUGUAGCUAAUACAUAUACAUUAGAUCUC